GGGGUUCUGCCCUCGCUGGGCCGCCGCCCCCUCUGGGCUGCUGCCCCCUUUGGGCUUCUACCAUGGAACUCAGCGCCCAGUACCUCCGGGAGAAGCUGCAGCGGGACCUGGAGGCAUAUCACGUGGAAGUGGAGGACACGACUCCCAACCGUUGCGCGUCCAGCUUCCGAGUCCUGGUGGUGUCCGCCAAGUUCGAGGGGAAGCCGCUGCUUCAAAGACACCGGCUGGUGAACGCGUGCCUAGCAGAAGAGCUUCCGCAUAUCCAUGCCUUAGAACAGAAAACCCUGACCCCAGAACAGUGGGCCCAUGAGCAGCAGAAAUAAGGGACCAGGACCUGCACAGCCAUUAAAUUAUGAAUCAG